UAUUGUGAAAGUCCGGUUGUGGCCCCUUCUCGGGCCCCGCUUGUUCGGUCGUAUUUGAGAGUUUUGCGACGAGUCUCCUUGGCGAAGUCGGUGAAAGCAAAUGACGGCGGAAUGCUGGUAUUUUGCUGCAAAUCGCGCAGACAGGACAGAAACAAAACCACAAACAUCGACAACACAAAUACAAUAUUACAGCACAAGUUUGAAUCGACUGGGAAAAGUUGUAACGGUAUUAAAAUAGGAUAUUACUUAUAUUUUAUAGUGACGAAGAAAUUCAGAAACGUUCUUACAUUUUCAAAUUAAAAUAAUACUCGAAACUAAAUGAUAUUGUAUUAAGUCAUAGCGUUAUUGACGACCUUGAAAGUACUAGAGAAAGAUUGGCUUGUGUGUGAAUUAGCAUAGGAAGAAAACUUGUGCGCAAUAGUGGGGACUACGCAAAGGAAAGGGGAAAAGUAAAGGAAGAAAUUAAUUUAAUUAAUAAUAUGAGUGAUCUUGUAAAUAAAGUCGUGUUACUCAAUAUUUUCGGAUACGUUUACAGUGAAGGUGUUAAAUAAUUAAUUAGUGUAGAUCAGCGGCGUCGGUAACGACAAUACCUAAAAGACCAUUGAAUUUCAGGAAGACCUGAGGAGACUUGCUUGAAUAAACACAGUGCAUUCCGAGUUCGACUUAGUUGUGAAGGCCCGCACUCGUUCACUUUUACUUUCAUUUGUGGCGCAGCCUGGUGUUGAAAAUUCGUGCUCCAGAAAUAUACACUCGACGCGAAGGUAAGAUAGUGAGAGGACGCAUUUGAACGCGGUGCACACUCUUCGGUUACGGCGAUUUUAGAGUGGUAGUGUGGUGGAGCUAUGGCUCAGUGUUAUGGUGGUGUAUUCUUUAACGGUGCUCGCGACCACCAUCAGGAUAUACCAGUCGCGGAAACCCCUUAAGGACUAAUUAUUUCUUAGGGCUGCCCUCUUCCCAAUUACGAAAUUCGCCAUGUACUCAGAGGAACAAGACUCGCACGGCUUAUUAACCCUGCAUUAUGGCAAACACCACGCUACCAUAGUUGAUGAAAUUAAAACAUGCUUCGCUUCUGAGAAUUACGCCGAUAUGACAUUCGUUUGUGAUGACAAGACAGCACUUAAUGCUCACAAAUUGGUAAUGGCGUCCGCGAGUCCUUUAGUUCGCCGCAUCCUUGGAGAGAGUGCCCAUGCUCAGGAACCUAGCGUAGUUCUCAUCCCUGGAAUAAAAAGCACCCAUCUGCGCCACCUUCUAGAUUUCCUUUACAAUGGACAAGCUUGUAUCAAGUCGAGUGAAUUGGAUAGUAUUCAAGAGCUAUUCGACGUACUACAGAUCAAAUCGGAUAUUUGGCAGUCUUCCAAUUCAGAAGAGGCUAAAACUUUGUCCGAGGACGACAGUAGUUGGACAGCUCCUGACAAUGAAAACUUUGAUCCGAUCAUAGUUAAAAGAGAGGCAGAAGAAGAUGAGAAGGAAGAGGGGGAAAUUAAAGAUGAUGACGAAGACGACGAUGCAACAGAUGACAAUAUUAAAAAAGAACAAAAUAGCGUAUCUCCAAACCCAGUGAACUUAUCAUUGAAUACUAAAAACUCCAAUAUUGAAAAAACUAUCGAUGAACAUGACAAACAUUCGGGUAAAUUGGAACCGAAAACUUCGAAUAUAUUUAAAGUUGGUCAGUCUAGAGUGAAAAUAGCUCAAAAGGCACAAGAACUCACACAAUUCCAUCAACACAGAAUAAAACGGAAAAGUAUGUACAUAGAACCCAUAGACCUCAAACACCAUGAUGAUUUAUCUCAUCUGAAGCCUCCCAUAGCGGAUCAGAAAUUAAUCUCAUUGGUACAGAGCCCCGAUAACUACGUUGUAACACCUCACAGAAAAAGAAGGCCGGGCUUUCAUAACUCCCCAGCGCAAAACCCUCCAUUUGUUCCUUUUUCCCCUUCAUAUAUUGAAGAAAGUACACCACAUCAUCACAGAUAUAAGAGUCUUCCUCCAUUAUUGGCAGCUCAUCAUCCUCUCUCUUUAUCAGCACCUCCAUAUUUAGUGGAUCGAACACAUACUCCGACACCAGGUCAACAUCCAGAUAUUUCCGGCCCAACCGAUAAGGUGAUUGUAAAAGACAGACCUCCAAGUGCGGAUCAAGGCUUAGCAACGGAUUCAUAUCAAACGUUCGAACAUACAUGGGGAGCUUGGUCUUUGUGCCAAACUCAAGUGAACGCUCCUUCGGGAAAUGACGAUUCUCGGGAACUUCCGCUCACGUUUUCAACAAGUAGUAACGAUGAGGCAGCUGAAAGUUCGUCUCAUGCAACCGGUAGUAGUAAAGAAUCUUUACCUGCUGUACAAGUUCGAGAAUAUCGUUGUGAAUAUUGUGGCAAACAAUUUGGUAUGUCGUGGAAUCUAAAAACUCAUCUUCGAGUGCAUACAGGAGAAAAACCUUUUGCGUGUAGAUUGUGUGUAGCUAUGUUCAAACAAAAAGCACAUUUAUUAAAACAUCUGUGUAGUGUUCAUAGAAACGUUAUAUCGUCGAAUGAUGGCAAUUCCGGAAGAUUCAAUUGCUGUUUCUGUCCAUUGUCCUUUGAAUCCUUACCUGAAUUGAUAAGACACUUAUCAGGACCUCAUAAUAAUUUGUUAUUAAGUAAAAAUAUGCACGAGCUAAAAUAGCUAACCCCAAUACAUUCCAUUUUCCACUGAUGAAGUCGUAUACAAUAAUUUAGAACGACCAAAUCUUGUGAUAUGCUGAUGCUGUCAGUGCCUUUUCGUGUGGACGUACAUGUCUGUUACCAUUAGUUGGUAGUUCUUUCCUGGGUUGGGCAUGAGAAAAUGUGCCUAUUUCCAACUAUACUCGACGCCAUCCGUUAAAAAUGUGUUAAUAAUUUUAUUGUAUAGACAUAAUUUUAACCGUUGUGUUCAAUUUGAAUUUACGUACCUAACUACGCGUGGUGUGUAUAACAGGUGGUUUUUAAAAUUAUGUUUUUCGGCUGGUCCGAGCUUAAUCAUUAUGUCCUAUAAAUUAUUCAAAAGAUCUACCAUUAUAUACACUACAAAUGGAUACAUUCUUAAUACAUUAACGAAAAAUGCGCAUUAAAACUGAAAAAACAAUUAUAAAUGCUUAUAUGUAGGAAGGAAGAUUAUGUGCCUUAGAAAAAAUUACAAAAAGAAUGCUUCUCGCACAGAAAUGUGUACACGAAAUUAUGUGUUUGAUAGAAAUUAAUCCAAGUCCAAAAAGUAAAAAAUUCUAUUGAAAGCUUAUAUCCUUUAAAUUUGCAAAGCGAAGCAAACAUACCCAUAAAAUAAAUCUUAUGGGGUAUAAUUGUAGAACGCUUGUUCCUAGCUUGUAUUCAAAGAGGAAAUUGUAAUGAAACUUAUACUGAAAUAAUUCAGUUCAAAGCCUUAGAAUAUUACUAUCUGUAUGGUAACUGAGCUAAAAACAUGCAUGUCUGCCAUUGCAUAUUACAGUAUGAAGUUAUUGUUGUCUGUUUGCUGGUAUAAAUCAAAAUUAAUUUCUUGUAAGAUGACAAGAAAUAUAUAUUAGACUUGUCUGGAAAUCAGAUACAACAUUAAAGUAGAAGAAAUGUAACGUUAUGGACUAGAGAGUAAUGUAGUGGCUACAACAGCAUGAUAUUCUUUUAGAAAUUGAUUGCCUCGCUUCUUUUUUUUUCUAGAAUUUGGAUGACCCACAUACAUGUAUAAAAUUUCGUUUCAAAUUAUUUCCUAGCCGUUCCCAUCGUGGACAUAUGAAAAAUCGUCUUUUAGACAUUUAAAUGAACGUUUGAUACGUCUGAUUUUCCUCCAUUGUGUACUAUUCUAACCAUCGUAUAUAGCUAUUAAAUAGUUUGUCGAAAUAUACCUAUAAGAUUUCGUUCCUUGCGCACCUCUCUACUCAAUUAGUUCUCUAUCUGUAUGGUUGGUACUGCGGUGAUUACUUGGUUCACAGUAUCAAUAGUUGUCGCGAAGAAGCCAUAUUAUAUUUUCAGUCACCGUUUCUGGAUCCAGAGUUCUUUGCAUCAACAUCAUAUCGGGUCGCUUUCUUGUUAUGUGUGUGGACUUAUGCCGCAUUACCUUUUCCAAGUCGAACGAGCCUAUCAGCUUGACACUGGUAUAGAAAUGUUCAUAUGAAGUGAAACCUCAAGUUUUUUCAACUAAGUUUAUUUAUAUUUCUAUAAGAUCAUUUUAUACAUUGUGGUACAGCUCUCCCUAUUCAACUGACUUGCUACUAGCAAUAGCACUUUUCAAAGCUCAUAAUUACAAUUUAUACUGUUUUGUUAGUCUCUUGGUGCAAGAUAAUUUCUUCUUAAAUAGGCUCUUUCAUUGUAAAUAAGAAACGUUUUUUGACUUUUCUUAAGAAUAUAUGGUACUCCUCCUCAUCAAUCUUAGUUAACAGCAAAUAAUUCAAUAUUCGACGUUGUCUGUAUUAUUUUCCGUCUACUAAUAUAAGAAUUCGUCCUCAGUGAUUCUAGUACCCUUGAACUAAAGUCAGUUAUCUUUUUACUUUACAGUCCUCAUCUUCUGGCCAAAGUUAUUUUUCAAUAUUCACUAUUCUGUCGUUUUUUAUAAGUUAACAACUUAUAUGUGCUACUUUUUGUACUUGCACACUGGCUUUAACAAAUUAGUCAACUAAAUGUAUUCAUCUUCUUUUCCAAUGUUUUUCGUCAGUAGUACUCGUAUGUUCAAACCAUACUUUUUUCCAUUUAUUCUUUUUCUAAUAUUGAUUAAUCAUUGAAAGAUCUAUCCAUACAUAAUCAAUCGAUUGAGACAUACUUUGAAUUAUACGGAAAUUCUUUGUAUAAAUAUAUUUUAAUAAUAGUCUUUACACCAAAACUCCAGCAUUAUAGAUAGUGGGAUUCAGGUAUAAAUGGUUACCUUUUCAUUUAAUUUUACAAGCUUUUUCAAUAAUAUAACAGUAUAAAAUGACAGAAAAAUACACAUAAACAGUUUCAUGUACUUUUCUCAUCAGAAACGUUUAUAGAUGUUUACAAAAAUAAGGAGUAUAGUGACCUAUUAAUACAUUUUGUUUGAUUAUGUUAAAAAAGAGAUUGGAAAUACAUCAAGAAAUAACUGAAACUAAGGUCUAGUGUCUACUGUUGAAAUUAGUUAAUAGAUUGCAGAGUCUAGAGGAUGGUUAUACCAAAAUAUAAUUUUAGUUAACCGUUUCCUUUGAACAAAAAAAAUAAAAAUAAAAUUCUACUCAUUCAAAAAGUACAAAUAGUUGGAUAUUUCACAAAUGUUGAUACUUUGUCAUUCAAUUAGUACUAAGGAAAAAUCCUGUAAAUUUUUAGAAAUCAGCCUAUCGUGAAUGGCCAAUUUAUUUACUAGUUUGUAUUGUGUUUCCAAUUUCUGUUUUGAAAUAAUUUUUUAAACCUGUUGUUCGAUGUAUAUCUUUUCAUGUUCUAUUUCUUGUUUCUUCUCUUUCAAGUUUUGUGUAACUCUAUUUGAUCGGCAGCUACUUUGUAAUGUAAAUAGGUAAUUACAAAAGCUUGGAAAAUUGAGUGGAGAUAGCUUAUGCAAUAGAUACAUUUUUUAUUUUUCCAUUAUUGCUCACAAAAAUUGGUUAUAAAGUAGGUACGUAGUGUGCUCAAGAAAUAAAGUAACUAAUUUUUUUUCGUUAAAUAUUUACCUCAAUCAAGAAAUCACGAUCAAAUGAAGGUGAUACAUGAUCGUGAAUGCUUCCAUCAUAUAUCGGGAGGUUUUCGUCGUUUUGCUUCAAGCAAACGACGCAUAACUGAAGAUGAUAGUUUCAUUCUAGAAAGAACCCUCUAUACACUACGUUAUUUCAUCAAAUAAAAUAAUUAGUAAGACCUGCACAUUUUAUAGACUUGGCAUGUUUUCUUCUGUCUUUAGAUCAUGAUUCUUCAAAUUGGUCUCACUAGAAUGAUUGGACACUGUUACCAAUUAUCACUAGCUGCAAAUCUUGAUUGCCUUUGACUUAAUAGCCCGUGAGUGAUACACUUGCAAAGGUUCUUUUAGUCAAAGUUUUAGGAACAAAUUUCAUUGCCAGACAUUAGCAUGACAUUAGUAAAUAAUGAUUCGUGAACAGCUUUUGUACCACAUAUAAACAAUUUUAGAUUUGCUAAAUACCAUAAUCAAUAAUAAGUGCGUAGGAGUAUAAUUGUAUUCUUCACACAAAAUUCAAUGAAGAUUUUUUUGAUCUAUUUUUUCGAUAGUAAAAAGUCGCCAAGCACACCAAAAUGCGUAUUUGCCUUCUGUCAAAAAUAAAACCGAACACACUAUGUAUUUCAAAUUGUUCUAUUCACAAAAUAAAGCAUUUUUUGUUUUUGUAUGCAACAAUUGUAUAUUAUUUGCUUAUAGGUCGUUACUAUGAAACAGGAACUUAUGAUCGUAUAUUUUUUAAAUAUAUACACCAAAGAAAUAAAAAUUAAGUCGAAAUAUACAAUCUCAGUAACUUAUUUUCUCUCUUUGAUUCGCUCUCAUUUUUAUUUUUAUACUAGACAAUCUACCAAUAUGGAAGGUAAUGCUAUAUUUGUAGUAAUUUCAUAAUUACAAUUUCAUUUGAUUUUAAUCUAUAUUAAAUAUUUUUUAAGCCGACUCAUUUGAAAAAAAAUAUUAUUUCAAGGAAAUCUCUUGGCACGAUUGAUUAUAAAAUGUGGUACAAAUAACGUAACUUAGUAUUUUAUUGUUAAAUGUAAAUACAUAGUUUGUAAAUAGUGUAAGAAAUAAAAAAUGUUUUUUUUGUAUUUAUUUUAUACCAUCCAUAAAUUCUACAUAC